AUGGCUUCCAUCAAUGUGAGCUCUUCAGCGGCCCUCACGUUUGAGCUGAUCGCACGCUGUUCGACAACAAGAGCUCGUGCAUCAAACUUGACUCUCCCUCAUGGACCAGUACAGCUUCCCAUGUUCAUGCCUGUUGCGACACAGGCAUCGCUCAAAGGACUUACCCCUGAGCAGCUCGAGGAGACAGGUUGUCGCCUGUGCCUGAACAACACCUAUCAUCUAGGUCUCAAGCCCGGGCAAGAUGUCCUUGCUGCUGUCGGCGGUGCGCACAAGCUACAGGGAUGGAACCACAACAUUCUGACCGACAGCGGUGGCUUUCAAAUGGUCAGCCUCCUUAAGCUGGCGAACAUCACCGAGGAGGGUGUGCGCUUUCUCAGCCCACACGAUGGGUCACCCAUGCUUCUCACGCCUGAACACUCAAUCUCGUUGCAGAACACCAUCGGGAGCGACAUCAUCAUGCAGCUAGACGACGUCCUCGUGACAACGUCCCCAGACAAGGAGCGUAUGCGCGAGGCCAUGGAACGCAGCGUGAGAUGGCUCGACCGCUGCAUUGCAGCUCACCAGAACCCGACGACCCAGAACCUGUUCUGCAUCAUUCAGGGCGGUCUGGACCUCGAGAUGCGAAGGGAGUGCUGCAGGCAGAUGCUUGCGCGGGACACCCCAGGCAUCGCCAUCGGCGGACUCAGUGGCGGCGAGGCCAAGGCCGACUACUGCCGUGUCGUCCGGACGUGCACCGAGAUGCUACCCGACCUCAAGCCACGGUACGUCAUGGGCAUCGGCUAUCCAGAAGACCUCGUCGUCAGCGUUGCGCUCGGCGCUGACAUGUUCGACUGUGUAUGGCCCACCCGCACUGCUCGUUUCGGCAAUGCCAUCACCAAACAUGGUGUUCUGAACAUUCGAAAUCUGAAGUAUGCGACCGAUUUCGGCCCCAUAGAGGAGGGUUGCGGUUGUAUCUGCUGCAGAGAAGGGGGUCUCGGUAUCACAAGAGCAUUCAUCAACCACAAUACUGCCAAGGAAACGGUCGCCGCCCACCUGCUGACGAUCCAUAAUGUUUGGUAUCAACUAGAACUCAUGCGGAACGUGAGACAGGCUAUCAUCGAGGAUCGGUAUCCCGAUUUCGUACGGCAAUUCUUUGGCAACUUGUACGAUAGCGACAAGACCAGGUUCCCUGAAUGGGCUGUGGAGGCGCUCCGUGGCGUCGGUGUAGAUUUAACAGAUGGUUAA